AUGCGUCCUCAUCCUAGGUGUGCCCAACGCCUUUGGGUAAGGCCUACUGCCUUUACAACACUCCCAAAUCACUCUAUUCGUCACCAGAGCUCCCCCUCCUCCACCUCCACCUCCCAUGGUGACCGUUCACCGAGACCGUCGCGACCGCGCUCCAAGAGACCCGAGCCAGCGCAAAAAUUCGAGACCCGCCAGGUCCAGCUGACGGUUGAUUCCUUAGGAGAGCCUGGCAGUGUCACCGUCAUCUCCUCCAGUCGCCCCAAAUCACUUCUUCGAACACGCAAACCUCGCCCGGCGCAUUCUCGUAAGCAAAAUACCACCACAGUCGACUCAAUACUGGAUGAUUUGGACCAGGAGACUGCGGUUCUGGAUGAGGAGGAUAUCCGCAAGACCAUUGAAAACCUUGGCCAGUUCUCCGACCAAGCUGCCAAGCUGACAUUGCACGACUGGGAAACUCUCCGAUCAGACAUCGCUACUUCCUUCACCUACAACCAACUGUCAGACUAUAUCGCCGCUCGCAAACAAUUGGCCUUAGAAGAGGUUAAAGGAGAAGAUGAAUGGAGGCCCGGAACCUCCUCAUUCUGGCACGCCAGUCCAACCGCGCACAGCAACACCGAACGACUGGCCGCGGCUCAGGGACUAACGGGCAAGCCCCUUCUCGCAGAACAUAUCCUUCGAGACUGCUGGCAUUUCUCGGUGGUCAGCGAGGUUGGCCAGCUGGAUCUUCGCCUCCCUCCGCUCUCAAUUACCGUGCUGCUCAAUUCCACGCACUUCUCCUUCGAUGAAGUGGCCGAACUCCACUCUUCCAAGAUCGAUGUGACUAGUUCUCUCGGUUUGGUCAGAGUUACUGGUGAACGGGAAGCUUGCGAAUCGAUCCGCGAUGUCAUCGAAGACGCCGUGACCCGUAUUCGUGAACAAAAAACCGGCAUCAGUGUCCAAGCACCCGUCAACCCGGCUCAGGUAUUCACGCGGCCAUUCAUCGAUUGGGUUUCUCAAACCUAUAACGUGGCUAUCGAGCAAGAUUCUUCGUCUAUUCCCACCAAAAUUCUCUGCCUCUCGGAAAGUAUUCAGGAUGCAGAGAAUGCUCGCCGAACCCUCAACUAUCCAUUAUCUGAGGCGAGCCAGACCUCCGUUCCCUUCUCCACAUAUAUGCCCGCCUCACAGCCGGCAAAUCUCUACAGUCAAAUUCUCCAGCACCCUUCCUGGUUGGAUCGGUCCAAAUCCUGGUUCCGAUGGGCUAUUUCGUCUACCCAGACGACAUCAACCGAGGCACAGCGAGCGCCAUUCUUCGACGGCCACCAGACACGGCUUUCCGAUGAGCUACUGAAGCUACUUCGAAAGGACUCGGCUGUGGCAAAGGGAGAAGCCUCGAAUGGGGCUACCAUACACGAAUCCGUGACAGCGGCCGUUGGUAGAUGUCUUUUCUCUUCGAAGCAAAUGCCCGAAGAUGCAGAAACCACUUUAAGCGCCUCGGAUCUGGGGAGGUCUUCCAUGACUCGCAUUUUUACAACCGAAGUACCCAACUUGACGUCUUUCUUGGAGUCUCUUCCAGAACCCAAGUCGAAAUCAGGGACCGGGAGACUCCGUCUCAAACCAUCCUCGGAAUACGUUGGAGUCGCCCCCGAACUUGAGGUGGAAUAUCUUCUCUAUGAAUCAGAAGGUGAAGACUCUGGCCACAGCGUCGAAAUCACAGGCUUGAAAUCCAUCCUUGAAACAAGCAGUGUGGAUUACCUUCUCCCCGAGAACGCGAUCGACCUCCGUUUCACCCGCACUGCCCAUCGAGAUAUCACAAAGGAGAUUCUAAGCGAGUCUCCCCAUUACAGGCAGCUGGUUCGCGACAUCGAACAAUCCUUAGUCUCGCUUCCCCGUGGGCUUCUCUUAUCCCCCGAUAAAGAAGUUCUUGGUGAUUCUUUCUGGAACAUCUUGCUCGAAAACAAUCUCGAGGUGGAAUACAUGUAUCCCCCUCUUCAGGACAUCCGUGGUUCCAUCCUUCAAUACUAUGACCUCGAUGGCCGGGAAUUAAGUUACCGUUUCUAUGAAAGUGGUCCUUUCUACGCUAGCCUCGCGACAGAGGUCGCCUUGGCGGUCGACAUUCCACAGGUUGACGCCAACCUACACGCUGACGCUGAAGAAUUUCAGCGUUCUGUCGAGCACAAUUAUCACGAAUUCUACAAUGCGGCCUGCGACAUGGCAUUCAAGGUGAAAUCUGCCAAUCGUGAAGUCGAGGUCGAGGUUGAGGUCGAGGAUUCAUAG